AUGAGGGUCGUAGAUAACGUAAAGGAAAGUGAAGAUGGGACCGACAUUUUCGAUGUUCUAUCGGUGGUGCGGGAUGUCACUGACCUCCCUGAAGGUGUAACGAGGAUUCCUGGGCGUUGUCAGUCACCACUAUCGCCUGAAGAAGACUACACCGCUUUCACUCUCAACGAAAAUGCCACCUUACACCAACUUUCCGCUGGAAUGUUCUACAACACUUUUCCAGAAGACUUCUCGAUUUUAGCCGUAGUCCGACUUCCAGGGACGGAUCAAAACCCACUCUUCAUUCUUUACUCCGAUGCUGGCGACGAGCAGUUACAACUGGUGGUAGGCAAUCUCAUAGAACUAUACUACGAAGACACCCGCGGAGAUCCACAAGACCACGAACUCCUAACUUACCGGGUGGAUGUGGCUGAUGGAGGGUGGCAUCGAAUUGCUGUCAGCAUAAAAGGAGACUCGGCCACUUUACUGGUGGACUGUGAAAUACACGAGACGCUGCCUCUAAACCGCAGACCAGGUAGCACCUUUAACUUGGCUGGGGCUAUUGUAGUCGGGUCUCAAGUCACCGCCGAUCAAUACUAUGAGGGAGACAUAGAACUUCUACAAUUUGCUGAUAAACCAAAUGCUGCUUACGAUAUGUGUCUCACUAUGGCUCCAGACUGCCCCUCUGAACCUGGACUACAAUAUAUUGCAUCACCAGACCAACUGCCGGAGCCGGAGAUCAAACCGAUAUUAUACACUGAACAAAUAGAAAGCACACAGCAUUCAAAUCUGGACACUUUAACAGAUGAGGAUUUGCGAAGAAGAUACGGAAGUUAUAGUCGGAAUAGAUUCUUUAACAGAAAUGAAUCGGAUAGCAAUUUUUAUACACAAGUGCUGACCACCGCUGCACCUUCAUUGAUAGAUUCUAAUAUCUAUCCUCUUGCAAAUCAAUAUGGACCUUCAACAGACUAUGAUGAGAACAGCAUCUUCGGUUCAUUUACACCUGCAUCCCCGAUCCCUAUUGAGUCGAGCCCGAUAGAGUCGGAGCAAACAACACCUAGGUCUAAACGAAGGGACGACGACAAUACCGACAUAACGGGCUCUACAUUAACUGUCACGGAGACACCUUAUGGCACUAGUACUACUGAGGACACAGAUUGGCUCACACACCCACCGGAUGACACCCAGGACAACUCAACUUCCGAGUACGACGUUUCGGGAAAGGAUUACGAUGACUAUGGACCAUCUGGCACUUACUUCGGUCCUCGUGGUUACCCAGGUCCACCUGGUGAACAAGGGCCAAGAGGACCUAAAGGGGAACCAGGAAAGACCGGCGCUGAAGGUUUGCAAGGAUUCCCAGGAGCACCGGGCAAUGUAUUUGUAAUACCCUUACAACAAUCUAGCAAUGACAAAGGCCCGGACGCUCAAUCGGAAGCACUACGACAAAUGUUUACGCAGCAUAUGGCUGCUAUGCGUGGAGCCGAAGGGCCUAUGGGUAUGACAGGACCUGCCGGUCCUGAAGGCGAAACUGGACCAGAAGGACCAAAGGGAGAACAAGGAGAGCAAGGCGAACCUGGUCCGCCAGGUCCCAGAGGUAUACAAGGACCUCCUGGUAGAUUAGGACGUCGCGGUCAUCCAGGACGUGAUGGAGAAAGGGGAUCAACAGGAGCAUCCGGUCCAAAAGGAGAGCAAGGGUAUCCAGGUUUGAUGGGAAUACCUGGCGAUAAAGGUGAAAGAGGAAGUCCAGGACUACAAGGUGAGCCAGGAGCACCUGGUUUAGAUGGAGCUCCAGGAGACGACGGCCCACCCGGUCCGCCUGGUGUUUCUGGUGAACUGGGACCUAGAGGCUUCAUGGGUCCUAGAGGAUUUCCAGGAUUAAUCGGAUAUCCAGGUAUACCAGGACUCGAGGGACCGCAAGGUACGAAAGGUGCAGCUGGACAGCCAGGUGCUCCAGGACCACCAGGACAACCAGGCACUAUGGGUUCCCCUGGUUCACCAGGGCCCCAAGGUCCUACUGGGACACCAGGAAUUCAAGGCCCUCAAGGAAAACCAGGUAUAUCUGGACUACCGGGUCCAGAAGGAUCACCAGGUACACCAGGCAAUCCAGGUCAACAAGGAUCGCCAGGAGACAUAGGGCCUCAAGGACCACAGGGAAUGUUGGGAUUUCCUGGUAGUCGAGGUUUAAAGGGAGAUGAAGGUCCAAGAGGACUACCAGGUGACAAAGGUGAUAAAGGAUUAAGAGGUAUCGAAGGAGAAAAAGGAGAAAUGGGUCCGAAGGGAGAAAGAGGACUAUCAGGAGAGCCUGGACCUCCCGGUAUUGAGGGGCUUGAAGGACCUAAAGGCGUAGAAGGUCCUAGAGGAGAGACUGGGCCCGGAGGACCGUCCGGUGAAAAAGGAGCGACCGGUCAUCAAGGAGUACAGGGAUAUCCAGGUGGCCAAGGAGAAAAGGGUGACAAAGGUGCCUUUGGAAGAAGAGGCCGCCGAGGAACAAAAGGCUUAAUGGGUUUAGUGGGCUCUCCAGGUGAUCGAGGAGAAACAGGAGCAAGGGGUUACAGAGGGCCCCGUGGCCGUCGUGGCUCAGAUGGUCCGCCAGGACCUAAAGGUGAUACAGGACAACCAGGACCAUCGGGUCCAAUAGGUGAAAGGGGACCACAAGGUUUGGAAGGCAUCCGUGGUUUUCCUGGCGCUAUAGGACCACCAGGAUCUGAUGGGAAGCCAGGUCUACCCGGUCCUCCUGGUGAACGAGGCCCUACUGGUGGUCCAGGCACACCAGGUCAAAUUGGACCCGCAGGACCUGUAGGACCUCAAGGUUCAUCUGGAGAACCUGGACCACCAGGACCACCAGGAGCAUCUGGUAUACCUGGAACACCUGGAGAUGUCGGUACACCCGGAGAAGUAGGUAAAGAAGGACUACCUGGACCACCAGGCCCUGAAGGAAAACCGGGUCCUGUAGGAUCCCAAGGCCCACCAGGCAAUAAUGGUGACCCAGGCCUACCAGGACCACCUGGAACACCAGGAUCGCAAGGAGAUAUGGGACCAAUAGGUCCAGCAGGAGUGAGAGGAGAUAAAGGCGAACAAGGAGUACCUGGCAAUGAGGGUCCACAAGGACCUCAGGGGCGAGAAGGUCUGCGUGGAUCUUCUGGACCUGGAGGCCAGAAAGGUGAAAUUGGAGAACCAGGUCCAGUAGGGCCAAUCGGUAGGGAUGGUUUGCCUGGACCAAGAGGAUUAACUGGCGUCCCUGGCCCCGUGGGCCCUCCUGGUGAAGACGGUGAUAAAGGAGAAGCUGGACCUCCGGGUGAAAAAGGCUUUAAAGGAGCUAUGGGAGAAAUUGGUCCACCGGGAUCGCCUGGUGUCCAAGGCCUUCGUGGAGAAGCGGGACCUGUUGGUUUACCUGGUGAUAAAGGUCCACCUGGUGAAUUAGGUUCGCCCGGCUUACCAGGCACUGAUGGAGUUCGAGGACCAAUAGGUCCACCAGGCCCAGCUGGACAACAGGGCGAAAAGGGACAACAAGGACCUAAGGGAGAUAUGGGAGACAUCGGACAAUUAGGAGCCACAGGACCAGCCGGCCCGAGUGGACCACCGGGACGGCGAGGACCCAAAGGUAUUCAAGGUGAAGUUGGACCGAGGGGCCCUGAAGGCCAACAAGGCGAUGUCGGGAGUCCCGGUGCACCUGGUUUACCAGGAUCGCCAGGUCCUGAAGGAAAAUUAGGUCCAAGAGGCCAAGUUGGACCAAAAGGUGAUGACGGCCCGCCUGGCUUACAAGGUGAUACUGGGCCUAAGGGGCCACCAGGUUUAGAAGGUCCUAAAGGUGACACGGGACCUAGUGGAUUACCUGGAGAGCGAGGAGAAGCUGGUCCACAAGGUGUCAAGGGUGAUCCUGGAUCGGACGGUCCAGAAGGCAGUCCCGGACCACCGGGACCACUUGGACCAGUAGGCCCACCGGGCAAACCUGGUGAAGCUGGAAUGCCCGGAAAUCCAGGUACAGAAGGACCAGCAGGAACUCAAGGUAGCCCCGGUUUACAAGGAGAUAAAGGUGACGUAGGCCCCAAAGGGCCUCCGGGAGAACCCGGCGCGAAUGGACCACCUGGUCCUUCGGGACCAGAGGGUCAGCGAGGAAUCCGAGGUGCACCUGGCCCCAUAGGUGAAGUAGGAGCACCAGGGAUUGCAGGACCUUUGGGUCCAGCCGGAAAACCGGGUGCUACAGGAUCACAAGGAACUAAAGGUGAAAAGGGUACCCGAGGGCCAAAAGGACACAUUGGAGACACUGGUAUUAUGGGUCUUAAGGGUGAUCAAGGCGAAAUCGGCAAACAAGGUCCACCAGGUCCAGUUGGACCCCCUGGCCUUAAAGGAGAUAUGGGACCUCCUGGACCAUUGGGAAUUAAAGGCGAUACAGGGCCUAUUGGUUUAUCAGGACCGGAAGGCCAACUCGGGCCUAAAGGAUCUCCCGGUCCGGAAGGAAGACCAGGUCUGCCCGGACCUCCUGGAGCUCCAGGUCCACCAGGACCUCCAGCACCAGCACCUCAAUUACCUCCGGAAUUCCUAACAUCAUAUACGAGACGACGUCGAAGUGUGGAAUUACAAUCUCCAGAAUCGGCAACCGAAGAUAACUUUGAAGAAGAAGAUGAAGAAUUAGAAUGGGUGAAGGAAAUCAUGACAGGUGUACUUCAAGCACGAGGAGCUCUCGAGGCGACAAAACGACCUCGAGGCACAAAGAGCAACCCAGCGUUGUCUUGCCGUGAUCUGAGAGUUGCGCACGUAAAUCUAACUGAUGGAUACUACUGGAUCGACGCACGUGGUGGCGUGGGCGGAGGUAAUCCAAUCCGUGUGUAUUGCAAAGGCCACAGUACCUGCGUGUACCCAGACGACAGAGGGCCUGAUAUAUUCACAGCCAAUGCACCUGCACAUAAAUUCUCUCAACUUGAUAAUGGUUUUAAGCUCACAUACAACAAUGAAGGCAACGGUCUUAUACAGUUAAGGUUUUUGAGGUUGCUAUCAAACGGAGCUCGACAAAAUUUCACCUACGCAUGUGUAAACACCAAAGCGCCACAAAGAUCGGAUAUUCCAUCUGAUUUGACAAGACUAAACAGUGUCAAACUCUUCGGUUUCAAUUCUGCUGAGUUUAGAGAGCCGCAAACGAUAUUGGAUGACUGCAAGGAAGGGACAGGCAAAAUAGUGUUGGAAAUAAAAACAUCUCGGACCGAGAGACUGCCGAUAAGCGACUUCCAACCGUUAUCAUUCGCCGAUGCUGAACAUGACUUCACCUUCAAUGCCGGACCUGUCUGUUUCACUUGA